CGAACCGGCCAGUGAGAGAGGGGAUGCGACGGGGGCGAAGGAGGCGGUUUGGGGAUUCUGGUGUGGUGCGCCGAAGUUUUGCAAAAUCCCUUGGUCGUUUGUAAGCCAGCGGCGAGUCCACUGCAAUGUCUGUCCGGCGCAGCUGCUCAUUACUCGACACAUUUUCAAGCGGAUAAUCCAGAGUUGGGGGUUCGGAUUAUUGCUCCUGCCGUGUUUUCAUAGGUGGAGAAUUCAAUUCAUCGGCUCAGUCAGGACUGGCUUCAGUUUCUGUGGACUUAAAGAUUAUUUCUCGACUAUUGUUUUUUUUUUUUUUCUCCCCCCCCCCCCCUUCAUUGUGGAAGCUGUGUUGCAACGUUUAGACUUUGCGACACGGAGAAGUUGCCGUCGAGAGAGGUCACACUUUGUGGGCUGGGAGUGGAGACUGAAGACGCACACGUGUAUCCUCCUUCCUCCGGCUGCACACGCAUCGACCCUUCAGCUCUCUCUGGAUAAAAGUUUUUUGUGUGUGUGUGUUCUUGUGUGUGUGUGUGUGUGUGUGUGAUUUUGCGUUUUGGUUUUUUUUUUCCGAUUGGGAUUUCGUUUAAAACAGGAGAAGAGAACGUGACAGACCAACAUGUCGCUGAGUAGAAGUAUUGAAUUUGAACACUUUGAGGAGCGAGAGAAGCCGCACCGGACACCGAGGACCAACUCGGGCUCCGGGUCCCAGUCCGGCUCCAGGGGCAACGGGCUGGUCCCCAGCCCGGCGCACAGCGCGCACUGCAGUUUCUACCGCACACGCACGCUCCAGUCCCUCACUUCCGAGAGGAAGGCUAGAAAAGUGCGCUUUUAUCGCAACGGAGACAAGUACUUCAAAGGUCUGCUGUACGCCGUUUCCAACGACCGGUUCAGGUCCCUGGACGCGCUGCUCAUGGAGCUCACACGGUCCCUGUCGGACAACGUCAACCUUCCUCAGGGAGUCCGGACGUUAUACACGCUGGAUGGAGGCAGGAAGAUCACCAGCCUGGAUGAGUUAGUAGAAGGUGAGAGUUAUGUGUGCGCCUCCAACGAACCCUUCCGACGUGUGGACUACAGCAAGAACGUCAAUCCCAACUGGUCGGUCGGCAGCAAGACUGGCACAUCGCGCUCCCUCUCCUCUCUCAUCCCGCUGAAGAGUGAACUGCAGCGUGAAUCCAAGGACUUCAUCAAACCGAAGCUUGUCACAGUCAUCCGCGGUGGCGUCAAGCCCCGCAAGGCAGUUCGGAUACUGCUCAAUAAGAAGACGGCGCACUCCUUCGAGCAGGUGCUCACUGACAUCACGGAUGCUAUCAAGUUGGAUUCUGGAGCUGUGAGGAGGCUGUACACUUUGGAGGGCAAACAGAUAACCUGCCUGCAGGACUUCUUCGGGGAUGAUGACGUGUUUAUAGCGUGCGGCCCAGAGAAGCACCGCUAUGCCCAGGACGACUUUGUGUUGGAUCACAGCGGUAAGGCUUCCACAGCCUUUAUGACUGAAUGCAGAGUGCUGAAGUCAUCGUACAGCCGCUCUGCUACUCCCAACCGGACAGCUAAGAGCCCUGGACCUUCACGACGCAGCAAGUCCCCUGGUGCAGCAAGGCGGCCUGUCCACUACUCCACCAGUCAGUCUCCAAUCAAAUCCCCAGUAAAUGGUGCCUCAAGUAGCCAGAUCUCAACUCCGAAGUCCACCAAGUCCUCCACUCCGUCUCCCACCAGCCCCCGAACAAUCCCCAGUUUUAAGAUACCUCCAUCACAUCACAUCUCUUCUCCAAAUGUAAAUGGCUCAUUGAACAACCACCAAGAGCAAAGCAAUCGACUGAGUCCAGAGGCAGUUAAUGGCAACCGCUACCUGCCUGCCUCCACCAUUUUGGAAAAAUACAAAGUUGGGAAGGUCAUUGGAGAUGGCAACUUUGCUGUGGUCAAGGAGUGUGUGGAGAGGUCCACAGGAAAAGAGUUUGCGCUGAAGAUCAUCGACAAGGCCAAGUGCAGUGGAAAGGAGCACCUCAUUGAAAAUGAGGUGGCAGUGCUGCGGAAGGUGAAACAUCCCAACAUCAUCAUGUUGAUUGAGGAGGUGGACACUCCCUCUGAGCUGUACCUGGUUAUGGAGCUUGUCAAGGGAGGGGAUUUAUUUGAUGCCAUCACCUCAUCGGCCAAAUACACUGAGAGAGAUGCCAGCAUCAUGGUCUACAACCUCGCUGGAGCUCUGAAGUACCUGCACAGCAUGAACAUCGUCCACAGAGAUAUUAAACCAGAGAACCUGCUGGUGUUUGAGUACCCAGAUGGCACCAAGUCAUUAAAGCUCGGGGACUUUGGCCUGGCCACAGUAGUGGAGGGACCCCUGUAUACCGUAUGCGGCACUCCUACAUAUGUGGCUCCAGAAAUCAUCGCAGAGUCCGGUUAUGGUCUGAAGGUGGAUGUCUGGGCCGCAGGUGUCAUCACCUACAUCCUUCUGUGUGGCUUUCCUCCCUUUAGAAGUGAGAGUAACUUGCAAGAGGACCUGUUUGACCAGAUCCUUCUGGGGCGACUGGACUUUCCCAGUCCUUACUGGGACAACAUCACUGACUCAGCCAAGGAGCUGAUUGGAAAGAUGCUGCAGGUCAACGUCGAGGCUCGAUACACCGCACAAGAUGUCCUCUCCCACCCAUGGGUCACGGACGAUUCAGUCCUGGAGAACAACAUGAAGAUGGAGGUAACAGGUAAACUGAAGACGCACUUUAACACUGCGCCAAAGCACAACAACACCACAGCUGGUGUGUCGGUCAUCAUGAACACAGCUCUAGAUAAGGGGACCCUGCAGCUCACCACCCGUCGUUGCCCAGGCCCCCAGACAGUGCCGUGUUCAACUUCGUCAGCUUGCAAGAAAGUCCCAUCUGCCCUCCAAAUCAAACCGGCUUCAGCAACAAAGUCAGGAACAGCCUCUCCCACCAAACAAGCAUUGUGCACCAACGUACCAAAACCUGGCGAGCUUACAUCACCCACCGAGACCACGGGGACUGCUGUGCCUGAUGCUGCAUCCACCUCUAAUCCUCCCUGCUCUCAACCCCAGAAUGAAAAGGACCCAUUAACUACUAAGCUUCACCUCCCUCCCUCUGCUCCUGUGAGUUCGCUUCAGUUCUCCCCCUCGCCCUCCGCUGAAACUUUCCCCAUCACCUCCUUGCCCGUUUCAUCCCCUCCUGAAGUAAGAACAUCCCCUACAUCCCCCUCUGCUGCUCCCUGCCUAUCUCUAGAAGCUCCCUCACCCUCAAGCCCUCCUGGUCUUUUCACCUGCACAACCCCCUCUAUACCUGUCUCCUGUCCUUCCCCAUCAUCUCCUACCAAACCGGCUUCUCUUUCUCCCUCUUCUCCUACCAAAGAAGCAAUGCCCCAGUCUUCCUCUCCCGCAACGCAAGAUUCCCCUUUCCCCGUCUCCCCCAUCAAACCUGUUGUUGUAUUUUUCCCUCUCUCUUCCCAAAUUAAACAAGAACCUUCCUCCCCUUCUCCCAUCCACCCAACCCUGUUUCCCUCUCCUCCUUCCACACCUCCCACAUCCACCACCCCGCCCUCUCCAGCUGACCCUCGGUCUCCCAGCCCUCUACCUGCUGAAGAGCUUAUGGAAAAGUUUUAAAAGUCUGGCCUGUGCUGUUGCCAAUUUCACCCCCACUCCAACCUCUUUCCAAAUAUGUAUCAUUAAGACAUGGGACGAGGAGAGCGAACAUCCAUCUUGAGCAUUCCCAGUAGCUGUAAACUGAGCCAGUGACUGCUGUCCACAUUUUUUCCUCUUUCUUAUCCCACUCAUUUUCUGUGAAGGAGGAUACGAGGCAUUUUCUAAGAGUUUGUCGAUUGUAUAUAUGGGAUUGUAUUUAUUAAUGGAGGAUGUGGAGAAAGGGAAUGAAUUGAAUAUUACUGUUCUGAGUGGUCGUCUUUGGAAGUCAUGCAUUACUGUAUCACAUCAAUGUGAAUUCUUUACUUUAUUUAUUAUCCCAUUUUGACUGCCUGUGGCUCUUUUUGUAAAUAGAUAUUCAUUACACACAGACAACCCAAAGUGGGUGUCCUUUUGCUUACACAGAGACACAGUAUGUCUAUACUACAACUAUUUCAGCAUAUCAAACGUCUAAACGUCUUGCUAGCCUAGUUACCUAUUGUGUUUUGGCACAGUUAUAUCUCACUAAACUAACUAUAACCGCUAUUAGUAUUUUCUCCGGCAACAGCCAUCCUAAUGAUAUCCACAAAUCCGCUCCUGUGAAGUGCCACUACACAAUAUGAUGUACAGAGGGUGGACAAAAUAAGCGAAUACCUACCGAAGUACCGAGCGAGGCGGAACUUUGCCUGUUUGACAUCUUCAGCUCUACUUCUGUGUUUUUACUCUUCAAAAUCAUGCAUGUAAAAAAGGGGGCGAUUAUCAGACCUGUUAAAGCAGACACAAAUGGCCGUUCACAUUCAAGUUUGAAACAAACGAGACCAUUUUCUGUUGCCUCUUGUGCAGUUGUUCUCAACCUUGUUGCCUUGUGACGCCUUCAAACAAAGCUUUGUCUACUUAACAUCUCUCAUCACAAAUGGCACAUGUCUAUGCAUGGUGAACAUUUCAGCCAAAGAUACAAAUUGCUUUAUAUAAAUACUUUUAGGGGCCUGAAGAUAUCAAAUUGUCCAACAGUUCAAAAGCAAAAAGGAAACAGUAGGAAAAACAUAAUGUUGUGUAGAAGGAAUGUGUCAUUCUGCUUUCCUAUCAUGUUGAUUUGUUCCUGAUUUUCAGAUUUAUCUUAUUUACCUUUAGCGGCGUCCUGACCCCCAGGUUGGGAACCACUGCUUUUGGGGUCUCUAGUCAUGCAGAUAGUGUUACGCUAAUUUGAAUUGAUAGGUUUAGGCGAGAAACAGUUUAAUUAUCCAGUAGUAGUGUUUCUAUCCAGAAACACUUUCCCCAAUACUCUAAACAAUUCACAGAAAACACAUUUAUAUCAGAAGUAUUUUUUACUUAAGAUAUAGCCCCUAUGUCAGUGUCAACUGUGAGGUCUGUUAAUUACAGAUUAACUCUUCGGACACACAUCUGGAGAAAGUUGUUGUAGAUGAAUAUUUUAAGUAAUUUUUUUAAUGCUGUGAGCAACACAAACCAAAUUUCAUCCACCUUCAUGGUAUCGAGGUAGGCAGAGCAUUUUCAGAGAAAUAUAUCUCUAAAACCUGGUCAAAUAAAACUAGUAUAAUUUAUAUAAGUCCAUUUGUUUAGAUUAUUUUGUACACCUCCUGUAACUGAAAGACACACUGACACAUUCAAUCACACAUUGACUGUAUGUAUUGUUUGGUGUGAGCUCUGCAGUUGUGCAUAGUGUGAAGAACCUUAGCUGUCCACCUGAAACUUGAAGACUUUUUUUUUUUUUUUUCUGCCUGUGUGCAUCUGAGCAAUCAUGGCCCUUAAAUCCAUAACUGUAGUACAGGACAUUAGAGAAAAUACUGUAGAUCCAACAGACAUGAAACCAGACUGUAGGCCUGUUUCUCGUGAACUGCACAUUUGAAAGCUGAACUGCUUAUUGCUACGACUUUGAAACUACUUGCGUGAACGUGUCGUCAAGGUGACCGGUUUUUGUGCCUCACCACCGGCUAACUGCUCAAAGCUUAAAAUUAUGCCGUUAUCGAAACCAGCUUGGCUGAAAAAUGGGAUCCCAAAUUGUGCAUCCUAAAUUAAUUUCCGAGUGAUUUGUUUUGUCCUUGUUUGUACCUGGUUUGAACUCCACAGCAUUUAUCCCAGCUGGUGUUCGUGGGGCCAACUCCUCCUGUGGCUCAAACAUGCCUCUUUACUGCUUUGGGACUCAACUGCGUGUAUACUACCUUCACACAUUCACUGCCUCCUUGUAAGACAGACCCCUCACUCAUACACACAGGCAAGUGGGUCACUUAGCUUCUCGUAUGUAUAUGUAGUUAAAGAAGAGCAUCGGAGCAGUUUGUAAAGGGAAAUUUGUAUGAGGACAGUUUUAAAACAGGUAGCUCAACUACGUCAAACUGGAGUAACGGUUUUUAUGAGGCAUAGAGUGGCUGCGUUUAAUGUUCCACUAUUUUGAAACAGCAGGAAGCAAAAAAUAAAAAUGCAAUAAAGAACUAAAAGGAAUGUGUUUGUGGUGAAUGUGUGUUUGUGUUACCGGAAGUUGGCCGCCAGAGGGUGCUAUGCAGCCUUAGUGAUUCCUAAUGAAAAAUACAUUAAACACCAAGCACAAUUCAAAUUAUAAAAUUCCAUUUU